AUGUCGAGAUUUUCACUAUUUGGUUAUACGAUUGGGCAGAGUCGAUCAGAAAAAGAAAUAAAUACAUUAUUUCAAUAUUAUGAGAAGACAUUGUCUGGUCAAAAAUCAAAGAUGUUGAAUGAUAUCGGUGAAUGGCAAGAUAGCUUUAUCCACGUCAUUCGUCAACAUGCUGAAAAGCAAAUUUAUCGUCUGGAGCAAGAGUAUGACAAUGAAGUACGCUAUUUGAAACAACAGUGUAAGCUAUUUAUUGAUGAACUAUAUAGACAUGAGGAGACGAAUAAGGCUGAGAAAAUUGACCAAUUACUUGAUCGUUGUAAGGCUUUGAAAUUCGAAUUAGCCGCACUGGAAUAUAUUGAACAACCUAUUCCAUUGAUUCAAGUAACACAACGAGAAUCGGUGAAUAUUAAGCUAGAUAAAUUAGAAAUAAUUGAACGUAGAAACAAGAGCUCAACACAAAACUCACUAUUAAAUGAUCAACACAAAGCAUAUUAUACUGGAAAUGCUUAUGAAAAUUCGUAUUCCACAGCAACAUUUGCAAAUGUUCAACAAACAGAGUAA